UCAUGGUUGUGUAACUUACACCACAUGAAAGUUAACUAUUACAAUACCUCUCUUUCGCAACUUGUAAUAUUACACUUUAAUCAUGGCGGAAAUUCCCGUUGUCGAUUUUUCUUGCUUCAAUUCCUUCGAUGGUGCAUCUUUCGUCGAGUCAAAUACUCAAAUAAACGAUCUUGCGAAAGAAAUUUACGAUGCAUUUAGCACUAUUGGUUUUGUUUAUAUCAAAAAUCAUGGCAUACCCACAGAGAAGGUGACAAAAUUAUUUGAGGUUGCUGAAAGAUUUUUCAAGUUGCCAACAAAAACCAAACAGCCAUUUGCCACAGAAUUCAGUGUGACAAAUUAUCAUGGAUGGAUGGCUGCAGGAAGGGAGAUUGUUGAUCCCGAUGAACCGUAUGACUUGAAAGAAGCUUUUGAUAUAGUGAGACCUUACGAUGAUGAUAUACCUUGGCCAACUGGUAACUGCUCGGACUUCCAAGAAAUCACGAAGGAUUUUUUCCAGUGCUGCGAAAAAUUAUCCCAUGGAAUUUUAGAUUUGAUUGCCCAUGGAUUAAAAUUAGAUGACAGAAAAAUUUUCAGAAAAACUCAUGGAAAAUUUGGCACACCAGACAAUAAGACCUCGCUUCGUCUUCUUUAUUAUCCUUUCAACGCUGAUUUAGAGGCAGGACAAAUACGCCUGGGGCAACAUUCUGAUUAUGGCACCAUUACAUUGCUUUUCCAAGAUCAAAUCGGUGGACUUGAGGUUUUCAGCCAAAAAGAAGGCUUUGUGCCAGCGCGUCCAAUUGAGGAAACGAUCUUGGUGAACAUUGGAGACUUGUUACAACGAUGGACCAAUGAUAAAUUAGUGUCCACGAGACACCGCGUUGUUGUCCCACAAGAUGAGUUACUUCGUUUAAAGUCAAGACAAUCAGCCGCAUUCUUUGUUCUUCCUGAAAACACGACGAUGGUUGAAUGCUUGGAUGGUUCGAAUAAAUAUCCGCCUGUCACAGCUCUCGAUUACCUCAACCAAAGGCUUGGUGAUACAUAUUUAUAUUGACAAUUGACGUUCUUUGUUUAGAAACAAUAGUUUUAAUUAAAAUGUAGUAUACAGUCGACAAUAUGAUUCUGCAGUAUUUCAACAAUUCUAUCUUUUGUUAUUCUUUAUAAAACCAGUCAAUUUUUAUUAUUUUAAGUAGAAAGAGCUAUUAGGUCUCACGUAAUUUGUGUCGUGAUAAAUCACCGUAGAGUGCUACUGCUACCCUAAUAUAUUUUUUGAAAAUCACUGGUGUUUUAUACAGACAUCUUUAGUACGUUUUUAGUAAAAGCAAGUCCCCAUACAAAUUCGAAUAUUAAAGAUAUUCACAAACUUUUAAGAUAGACUGGAUUGGUGGCCAUGCAUGGCGAACGUGCGUCGCACCACGUUGGUGUGCUGGGAUAAAGAUAACCUUUCGUCAUUUCCACACGUUCAAAGUUUCUUCUUUUUUUUCAUGCACCUUUUUACUCCGGCGUCAGCGACGGAGUUGAAAAUUCGCUUAGGUUUUUGUUGUUUUUCAAAUCAUGCUUUUUUUUCGAUAGCUAGAGCAAGCACGAACUUACAGGCUUCUAUAAAACAUUUGUAACACGUACUGUUGAAUGUUUACAUG